AUGAUGAUGUGGGAAGGUCUCGGUGACCUCAUCAACCAAUUCCGAAAAGACGAGCUAGGCCCAGAGCCCUUAGACUCGACUCGCGCUGCUAGCAUUGUCCAUCGUUUAAACGUCCCGUAUACUUAUUUUGCGGGGACCACGCCGAUAUACAUUGGGUUUGGGUCAAUUGUUGUGGAUGACCCUGCCCAGUUGACGAAAACACUAUUUGAGGCGGUGCGCCUGACUGGCCAGCGAGCACUGAUCUCGAAAGGCUGGGGUAAGCUCGGGGGGGAUGUUGAUAUACCGGACAAUAUUUUUUUACUAGGCAAUUGUCCCCAUGACUGGCUAUUCAUGCACGUUUCAUGCGUGGCCCAUCAUGGGGGAGCCGGUACCACCGCCGCCGGUUUAAGGCAGGGAUGUCCGACAGUAAUCGUGCCAUUCUUCGGGGACCAGCCAUUCUGGGGCUCCAUCGUAGCACGGGCCGGUGCUGAGCCACCACCAGUGCCGUUUAAGCAGCUGACGGCGGAAGAUUUGCCCGCAGCUAUCAACAAGGCCCUUGAGCCCUCCACAAGACAUGCAGCUUCCGAGAUAAGGGACAGGAUGGCCUCGGAGACCGGAACAGAAAAUGCAGUCCAGAGUUUCCACAGGCACCUCAACCUUGGUCGAUUGCACUGCGUGAUUUGCCCCGAUAGACCGGCAGUAUGGUGGGUGCGUAACUGGAAUAUCAAGCACAGUUCAUUUGCAGCUGGAAUACUGGCACAAACGGGGCACAUCGACUCGAAAAGUUUUGCGCUGUACCGAGCCCAAGAAUAUGAAACGGACCGUGAUCCCAAUGACAGUGGUUCAAAGCAGAGACGCCGCCGUGAGGAUGAUUCCCUACAGACCAGUGGGAGGAACAGCGCAUCCCAUAAACGAGGGGCCGCCAAAAACAGCAGGGCAAAAUCGAUGGUCGCCGAGACUGAGUAUAUCGCAACUCGGCUUUUAAAGAAGACGGCCAAAGCGAUUGUUUCAGUGCCUGCUGACCUGACCCUCAGCCUGUCGAAAGGCUUCCAUAACGCACCCAAGUACUAUCACGACACCACGGUGCGCAAGUUAGCCCGUGUAGACGGGGUUCAAAGUGGCCUCCACGCAGCGGGAAAAGAAUUUACAAGGGGGUUUGACGAUGGCAUCAGUGGCGUGCUGUUACUCCCUGCUCACGGGUAA